AAGGCUUUAAUCUUUUAGAUAAGGGCACAUAAGAAUCCUAAUCUCCUGAUAACCCAAGAUUAUUACCACCUAAUCCAAUUCUCUUCUGAUAUUACCUAGACAUCAAUCAAACCCCACUUAAGCUUAUGUCAAAAAAAUUCCAAGAAAUGGAAUAAAAAAGGAGCAAAAAAAGCAAUCAAAUUUGUCAGGCCACCAGAAGCAGCUUUAUCUGAUCUCUCUCUCUUCUAACCCUUUCAUAGUAAUGAUUCCACAGCUUCUCUCUCCAAGUCUUCUUCGCUAUAAAUCCAACCUUCAAUAUAAAUAUUUCUCUCUCCCUAUCUCCCUCUCCCUCUCCCUCUCCCUCUCCCACCUGUUUCAUGCUUGUGCAUCUUUUUAGCUUUCCCUGUGUAUGUAAAACUUCUGCAACAUCUCAGCACUGGUGCAGAAAGUUUUGUGUCUCAGAUCCCAAUAUACUGCCCUCCGGCCCCCUUUCUAUCUAUCUCUCUUACACCACUAACAAGAAAGCACUGUUCUUUCUCUCUCUUUCCCCCUUGCAGCACCCAUUAAACACUGUAUCACUCUGAAACACAAGGGUCUUUCUUGUGGUCCUAAAAACCCUCUACAGAUACCUAACCUAUCUAUCUUUGCUUUCUUUAUAAUUUCCCUUUUGUUUUUGUAAACUUUCCCUUUUUUACUUCUCUCUCUAUAUAUACAUAGAUAUAUGCAAACAUAAUACGUAUUCUAUUAGUCCUAACAUACAAAUGCAAGAACCAAACUUAGGCAUGAUGGGCAGUGAUAGUGGUAGUGCACUUGGUGGUUUAAGCAGUGGAAGAGAAGUUUCUGUGUCUCCAUCCGGUGACCAGACUCGCCAACUCAAGGCAGAGAUAGCUAGCCAUCCACUAUAUGAGCAGCUUCUAGCAGCCCAUGUGUCUUGUCUCCGAGUUGCUACACCGAUUGACCAGUUGCCUCUUAUAGAUGCUCAGUUAUCACGGUCUCACCAUAUUCUUAGGUCUUAUGCUUCACAGCAUAACCAACAUGGCCAUUCUCUCUCUCCCCAUGAGAGGCAAGAACUUGACAACUUUUUGGCACAGUAUUUGAUAGUAUUGUGUAGUUUCAAGGACCAACUUCAACAACAUGUCAGAGUCCACGCCGUGGAAGCAGUCAUGGCCUGCCGGGAAAUUGAAAACACUUUACAAGCUCUCACUGGAGCAACUCUAGGUGAAGGCACAGGUGCAACCAUGUCUGACGACGAGGACGAUAUGCAAAUGGAUUUCUCUUUAGAUCAAUCUAGUGCUGAUGGGCAUGAUCUUCUGGGAUUUGGUCCUCUGCUUCCAACAGAAUCUGAAAGGUCCCUGAUGGAGAGAGUUCGACAGGAAUUGAAGAUAGAAUUAAAGCAGGGCUUUAAAUCAAGAAUUGAAGAUGUCAGGGAGGAAAUAUUAAGGAAAAGAAGGGCUGGAAAGCUUCCAGGUGAUACGACCACAGUACUGAAAAAUUGGUGGCAGCAACAUUCGAAGUGGCCAUACCCAACCGAAGAUGACAAGGCAAAACUUGUGGAGGAGACAGGCUUACAACUCAAGCAGAUCAAUAACUGGUUCAUCAAUCAAAGGAAGCGAAACUGGCACAGCAACUCUCAAUCUGUGACAUCUUUGAAGUCUAAGCGCAAAAGGUAAAGGAACCAAAUUUAUUUGGCUCCUGAUGAAGACUCCCAAAGAAGAAGAAAGUUAGUUUUAUGUCGAUAUAGUUGUGAUGUGAUGUUGGGGUAAAUAGUACUUGCUAACAACCAGGAAAUGUAAUAGAUGAACUUGACAUAGCUUACACAUAUUCUUAUCCUUAACAGGGUAAUGAUAUUCUAUGUUUCAUCUCUCUUUUCA